AGCCCUGUGUCGCCAUCACUGCGACGUCAGGAAAAAAAUAGACGAAGAAGAAGAACAAAAAUGAGCAGCGCUAAAGUGCUACAGCAAAACAUUUUAGUGUCCCUUUAUAUUUUCGUGUAUAAAUAUUUAUAAGAAUAUCCAGUAUAUUCUCUAGUGUUGUUGCUAACGCGUAAGAAAAAUGAAUGAAAUUGUGAUGGAAAGCGAACCUCAGUUUGGAGUCGCCGAAGCUUGGGACAACGUCACAGCAGCACUGAUGUGUCCUGGCAGGAAGGUGGACCAGAACCUGUCAGACUCCCUAGUUGUGUUGGCCGGGCAAGGUCUGGGUCAGCUGCUGGCCAGCUGGUUACUGGAGACGCUGCAGAUGCGUCUGUCGUCUUCCGUGGUUCCGGAGUUCUGGUCUGGAUUCAGGCAGGUGGAGAACGAGCUGGAGGAGAGAGGUCGGGCCUGGGUUCUCCUCACCGCGUUCCAGACUCUCCUUGACCGUCUCCAGCCGUUUUUGGUUGGCUUGGACAGGCUCGGAACGUGGCAGGAUGAGGGCCGCGACGGACUGUGUGGACCGGGACCCGGGACCCUCCGGGAGCGGGCCUACACCGUCAUCAGGGGUCUCCUCCUCUUCCCCCCGUCACGGGUUCUCCAGGAUCGAGUGCUGGAGUUCUACAGCAGGACCUUCUCUGUGUAUAUGAAGCAGGAGGGGCAGGGCGGGGCCGUGGGCUCCGAGGCUCCAGAUGCGGGCUCCUGCCCCGGCUGUGCGGUCCCAAAUGAGGAGUGCUGGUGCGAGGAGGCCCUCAAACACCUGCAUGAGCUCAGCCACAUUCUGUCCAAGAUGGAGCUGCUGGAGUGGGUCAGCUCGGACGCCGUCACCUCCAUCCUGCAUAGACUCAUCGAGCGCUGGAUGGAGCAGCACUGCAGGGGCGAGUACGAGCGCUCCUUCCUGCUCGACUUUCAGGAGUGGCUGGAGCUGGUGGUGGGCUGGCUGGGCCGGGUCUUCGCCAGCCACAUCCAGGGUGCGGCGUCUUCCAGCUCGGUGCUGAAGCAGUGGAGAUGCCACAUGCACCAGUUCUUCUGCAGGAUCUACGUCAACAUGAGGAUCGAAGAGCUCUUCAGCAUCAUCCGAGACUUCCCAGAAUCCAAAGCCGCCAUUGAAGACCUCAAGUUCUGUUUAGAAAGAACCAACCAACGCCAGCAGCUCCUCACCUCGCUCAAAUCCACGUUUGAGAGCCGUCUGCUGCACCCUGGUGUCCACACGUCUGACAUCCUCACCGUUUACAUCUCGGCUAUCAAGACACUUCGCGAGCUGGACCCGUCCAUGGUCAUCCUGCAGGUGGCCUGUCAGCCAAUCCGAAAAUACCUCAGGACGCGCGAGGACACGGUGCGGCAGAUUGUGGACGGCUUGACCGGUGACGCAGUGACCGGCUGCACCGACCUGGCCUCGGAGCUGUCCCGGGGCGACCCGGUCACUCUGGAGAUGCAGGACAGCGACGAGGAAGGCGGCGAUCCGGAGAGCUGGACUCCGGACCCCACCGACGCCGUUGCCGACAAGUCGGGCCCCAAGCGGCGCUCUUCCGACAUCAUCAGCCUGCUGGUCAGCAUCUACGGCAGUAAGGACAUCUUCAUCAACGAGUACAGGACCGUGCUGGCCGACCGGCUACUGCAGCAGCUCAACUACAACACCGCCAGGGAGAUUCGCAAUGUGGAGCUGCUGAAGCUUCGCUUUGGAGAGUCACACAUGCAUUUCUGCGAGGUCAUGCUGAAGGACAUGGCCGACUCUCGUCGCAUUAACACGAACAUCGGCGAGGAGGACUCAAGGUUGGGGGAGGAGCCUGCGUCCUCGUGGCUCUCGGCCAUCAUCCUGUCGUCUGAGUUCUGGCCAACAUUGAAGGAGGAGAAGCUGGAGCUGCCGCCGCUUAUCUGCAGCGCCAUGGAGGCGUACACGCGGCGCUACGAGAAGCUGAAGGCCAUGAGGACGCUGAGCUGGAAGCCUCACCUGGGCUCCGUCACUCUGGAUGUGGAGCUGGAAGACCGCACGCUGAGCAACCUUAACGUCUCGCCAGUCCACGCCGCCAUCAUCCUGCACUUCCAGGACAAGAGUUCGUGGACACUGGAGGAGCUGAGCGUGGAGCUGAGCGUUCCUAAAGAGGUGGUGCACAGGAAGCUGGCGCUGUGGCAGCAGCACGGCGUGCUGCGGGAGGAGGGCGGCGGGCGUUACAGCGUACUGGAGAGAGGAUCUUCCACAGAGGAGAUGGAGAGAGGAGUCAUGCUGAUAGACAGCGACGAGGAGAGAGACUCCAACACCACCACGCAGUCGGAGCAGCGCGAAGAGAAGCUGCAGCUCUUCUGGGCCUACAUCCAGGCCAUGCUGACAAACCUGGACGCCAUGACCCUGGAACGCAUCCACUCCAUGUUGAGGAUGUUCGUCACCACGGGACCCGUUGUCACGGAGAUGGACGUCAACGAGCUGGAGGCCUUCUUGCAUAGGAAGGUCAGGGAGCAUCAGCUGAUGUUCUCUGCUGGGGUCUACAGACUUCCCAAGACCACCUGACACCUUACACCGCGUUCAAGUGCCACGGGACAUUCUGCGCCUGUUUUUUCUACUUCCUGACGUCAAAGCGUGGCAGACACGAUGGAGGUAAGACUUUAUUAUAGUUAAAAAAUGAAAGCUCCUGGUCACAUGUGUUAGUUUCUAGUUAGUUCCCUUUCAGUCACGUUGGAUUGUGGCACAAUAAAGUGCAAAAGUUUGUCUUCAACUUGCUGCUCCUCUAGUCCUAGACGAGUCCUUUCAAGCGUAAGAAUAAGACAAGUAGAGGAGGCCACAGGUCACUUCCUGUCCUCAGCAGCAUUUCUUUCCUCUCUUCCUGCGGUCUCGCUCUCUCUGCGCAUUGAUGUUCACAGUGUCCUUGUCGCGCUCUCGAUCCCGCUCGGCUCGGCUCUGGCUCUGCUUCUUGGCCCGCAGCACCAUGUGGGUGAAGGCCAUGAACAUCUGGAGCAAAACAGAAAGACGUUCGUUUACAACAGCAGCACGACGCAAACAAACAUCGACCAAUCACCUCCUCCACGUUGAUGUUCUCUUUGGCGCUGGUCUCGAACACGGGCACCCUCACCGACUCUCCAAACUGCAAAGCAUCCUGUGUAUCCACCUGCUUCCUUGAGGGGUCAUCAUUCUUGUUUCCCACUGGAUGGAAACAAGAUUAAAACAUCUGAUUUUUGCACAUCAACGUUGUCAUCGUGGGGACAAACUGACCUAGAACUUUGCAGACGUUGUCACAGUUCUGAGAGAUCUCAUUUAACCACCGCUUGACGUUGACAAAGGACUCAGGAUUGGUGACAUCAUACACGAUGAUGACACCGUGUGUGUUCCUGUAGUACCUGCUCAAACACACACACACACACACACACACUUUAGGUCAGGGGUGUUUAAACCUCGGCCUGUGGGCGACUUCAGUUUGGCCUGCGAGAUACAAGUUUGAUAAAAGCCCGUUGGGUGCCAACAAAUUAAUUUUGAAUUUUCUAAUUACUGCACAUUUGCUGCCAUCUUGUAGACAACGUGAGUAAAGCAUGUCAACGACCAUGAAGUUUACACAGCACAGCAUUUCUUUAUGACCUAAUCCAAACAACCAUUCCGACUCAUGGUGCGAACUGCAACCCACAUAAAAAGUCAACACACACGGUCACACAACACAAUCUGCUUACUGAACUUUGUGGAUAUUACAACAAAUGGCAAAGCACUAUACAUAAUUCAAAAUUAGACCCAUUUAAAUUCACUACAAUGCGUGAUGGGAAAAUGCAAAACUCUCUCCACACUUGUUUGGCGUAUUUUAGCUGCUUGAUAUUUCUGAUUGUUUACAAAACUUUAAAGGAGGUCGUUACGGAAGUAAACAAGGUAGGAGUCAAACUUUCACAUACUCUUAAUAUAAUUUUUUUUAUAUUACACACACAGCGUCUUUAGCUCGUGCAGAGACUAGUGCGGUGCCGGUCCUCCAAACUAAACGUUUCUUACGUUGACGUGAUGGUUCGGAAUCUUUCCUGGCCCGCGGUGUCCCAAAUCUGCAGCUUGAUGCGCUCGCCGCCGAUGUCCACCGUUCGGAUCUUGAAGUCCACGCCGAUAGUUGUGAUGUAGCUUCCUGUCAGACCACCAGGAGGCGCCGGUCAGAAGAUACUUAAAAACUCCCCAAUGCGCCCAUCCUCCUUUUCUACUUAACAAAACUUUAAGGGAGCCUAUGAAAUUAUUAUUGUAAGAAAACUAUUUGCAAAUGCGUAUCUUAAUCUUUGCCUCUGUAAUACGAUUUAUGUGUCCCGUGUUUUAAUUUGUGUGUCCGGAUUUCGAUUUGUGUGUGUGAGCAUUUAUUCAGAUUUGUUUAAAGCAGGAACCCUGAAGGGCUGUCUUUUUACAUGUGAC